AGUCGGCUGCAUGCCGAAUUUCUGCCACCUGGACUUCGACCCCGCCGGAGUGCCGCACCCCGCGGGCAUCCUGAGCACUGCGGAGGUGCUGAGGUGCCUGGAGGCAGAGUCCAACUGGCACAUGGAGCAGACCACCCUCCAGAGGAGGCUGAGCUUCACGAAGAGCUUCAGGGACCGCUGGGCCCAGCGCAAGCUGGAGAGCGAGGAGCGCUUCGUGGAGCUCCUGCGGGGCAGCGCGGGGCAGGCGACCGACCGGAAGGAUUACCUAUCGCGGGGCGUCCAGAGCUUCGGGGACCGCGAGCUGGGCCCGCAGCGGACGCACACGGGUGCCAGCAUCUACGUCUCCAUGUGGCCGCUGUCUGCGCUGGGCUUCGGAACGAGGGACAGCGGCGUAGAGGAGCGGAACCCUGCUUGUGUCGCUGCUGAGGCCGCGCCGGCCAGCGGAGGCGCGCGUGGUGGUGGGCCUGCUGUCCAGCUUGGAGGGCCGCACGUCCACGGACAAGCUUCAGGACCUCUGCGCGAACCGCUCCUCGCUGCUCGGGGUCGUUCCGGGCUCCGUUGGCCUCGACACUGCCACCGGCGAGAUUUCAGCCUGCCUGAGCGAAGGCCAUGCGGUGGCCGUCGUUCCCGCCCCGGACGGGUGGGAGGGCCCGAUGAAGGACAGCUCGGAGGUGUCCGUGCAGCUGGUCCGGCCGACCGGGCAGGACUGGAAGGUUGUUUUUCACGUUGUUGGGCCAGACAGAAUGCCGUUCAGCUUCGAGCCCGUGAGCAUGGGUGGUCUGCCUCCAAGU